UUGUCUGUUUUGUUUCUCCCUCUAGACAGUUACUGUAGCUUUCACAUAAUUCCAGUUAUAAGAAGACAAUCUUCUCUUUUACAUAUUUUAUACAGCAACUCUCUUCUCUCCAUUAUCCUAAGAUUCCUUCUUCUUCAAUUAUUCAGAGAAAGAAAAAGAGAUGAGGCAUUUUGCUUUGGCUUGUUUGCUAGUAAUUUUGAUCUACCAGCAGGGAAAUUUUCAUAUCCAUGUUAAAGCAGGAGACAGUUUUAUUAGAACUAGAGGAACCCAUUUCUUCUUGAAUGGUAAUCCUUACUAUGCAAAUGGGUUCAAUGCCUACUGGUUGAUGUAUAUAGCUUCUGAUCCAUCUCAAAGGUAUAAAGUUUCUUCUGCUUUUCACGAAGCAGCUAGCCAUGGCCUCUCUGUGGCUAGAACUUGGGCUUUCAGUGAUGGAGGCUAUAGGCCUCUUCAGUACUCGCCUGGCUCCUAUAAUGAACAAAUGUUUAAGGGACUGGAUUUUGUUAUAGCUGAAGCUAGAAAAUAUGGAAUCAAACUCAUAUUAAGCUUGGCUAAUAACUAUGAGAGCUUUGGAGGGAAGAAGCAGUAUGUAAAUUGGGCUAAAAAUGAAGGGCUAUACCUUUCUUCUGAUGAUGAUUUCUUUAGACAUCCUGUUGUUAAGAAUUACUUCAAGAACCACAUAAAGACUGUUCUUAACAGAUAUAACAGCUUUACUGGAAUUCAUUACAAAGAUGAUCCAACAAUCAUGGCUUGGGAGCUGAUGAAUGAGCCUAGAUGUACAUCUGAUCCUUCUGGAAGGACUAUUCAGGCUUGGAUAAUGGAAAUGGCUCAGUUUGUAAAAUCAAUAGACAGAAAUCAUUUGCUUGAAGCUGGCUUAGAGGGAUUUUAUGGACAUUCAACACCACAAAGGAAGACUCUCAACCCUGGUCUUGAAAUUGGAACAGACUUCAUUGCUAAUAACCGCAUUCCAGCCAUUGAUUUUGCCACACUUCACUCUUAUCCUGAUCAAUGGUUAUCCAGCUCUAACAAUCAAUACCAACUUAGUUUCUUGAACAACUGGCUGAAUGCCCAUAUCCAAGAUUCACAGUACAUUUUAAGAAAACCAAUCCUCAUUACAGAAUUUGGCAAAUCUUGGAAAGAUCCUGGUUUCAGUACAUACGAAAGAGAUGAAAUGUUUAGCACUGUAUAUUACAAAAUAUAUUCAUCUGCUAAAAGAGGAGGGGCAGCAGCUGGCGGCCUUUUUUGGCAACUUCUGACAGAGGGAAUGGAUAACUUUCGAGAUGGUUAUGAGAUAAUUUUGGGUGAAAAUUCAUCGACUGCAAAUGUUAUUGCUCAACAGUCGCAUAAGCUGUAUCAAAUCCGUAAGAUUUUCGAGAGAAUGAGGAAUGUGCAGAGGUGGAAGAGGGCGAGAGCAGCUAGGAGGCGUCAGUGGCAGCACGGAAACAGGGGAAGGCGUAUUGGAAAUUGAAAUUUUGAGUGUAGGAGUGAAUGGUGUGUUUAUGGUAAGAGUAAUUUGGUUUAGUUAUUUGAGGUUUUGAGAUAUUGUGUCUCUCUUAGAGAUGAUUGUUGUUCAUCCAGGAGGGUUGGUUUAAUUAGGUUAUUAGAGUGUGUUGGAUGGAGUAAAUACCCGCUUAAAAGUGAUUUAUUCCUUAGUGAGUCGACCUGGCGUAAGCAUAGUUCAAUGGAUUAGAAAUAUCUGAUUGGGUAAUAUUAAAGAAAGAAUGUUAUGAGUCUCUUAAGUGGUUUUAGAUUUAUAGGUUAAGUGAAAUGCAGUUGGAAAAUUGAGAUGGGGUAUGGGAUUUUCAAAUAUGUUUGUAUUCUUUGUAAUUUGAGGAAAUUCAACUACCUAAGAGGGAAGCCUUUUGGAAGAAAAAUAUUAAUUUUAAAUAUGAA